CCGGCAAACCUGUUCUAACAUUUGUGACGUGAGGCGUGACGUCCCUACACUGGAGGAGGGUGUGAUAAGCUAAGCUGAUCGGGUGGACGUGAGGAUACGCUGGUCUUCCGGAAACACAUGACCACUAUGCCGGACAGGGGAGGGGCUACCCUCGCCCUUAUUCUCGUACUCGCUGCAGUUGGGGUGCAAGCCGACGUCGAGUGUGGGACUGUGACGUACCUGACCUAUACCUCCGCAAAUGUUCCAAUAUCGACAACCGCUCCCAGAGUCUGCUAUGGCGAGUAUAUCUGCUGCGGGGAUUCCCCCAACGAGUACUGCUGUAACAGUUUCUCGCCCGCCGGAAUUGCCGCCAUUUUAGUUGGCAUCCUCUGCCUGAUUGGAGCCAUUGUUGUCAUCGUUCUUCUCGUUUAUAUCACCUGCUGGCGACGACAAGUGAUUAAGGAGGAGGUCAUUGUUGAAGUGCCUGAACAGGAAAUGGAACCGAUGCCGCCAAGAAUGGAGCCACUACCGGCCAUUGAACCGAUGAUGGAACCACAGCAGACGAUGGAGGCGCCACAAAAACAAAUGUUGAUGCUACCACCGCCUAUGUUUAUGCCGCCACCAAUGCGACAGGAAGUAAUACUUCAGCCGCCUCCCCCUCCCCGGGCUAUUCAAAUUGUCCCAGUGAUAAGACCUCCUCCUCCCCCACUUCCUCCAAAGAUAGUGUUUAUGGAAGUGCCACAGCCUCCUCCACAGCCACGCCAGACUCUUUACGUGGAGGUACCGCCACUACCAAGACCAGAAACUCCACCACCUCCAAUUGUUAAGCUUUCCCUGCCUCCAAUUCCCAGACCAAAAACGCCACCAGCUCCAGUUAUACAUGUUGAUGCACCAAAGCUUCCUCGGAUUCCGACACCUCCAGCGCCAGUUGUAUAUGUCGAACCACCAGAAUUGCCAGAAAUCCCAAGGGCUCCUACCCCGAUUAUCCACGUCCAAGCGCCAAAGUUACCGAGAAUACCGACUCCCCCCGCCCCCGUAGUCAUGAUUGAUCCCCCAGCGCCACAACGGCCCAGAACUCCUCCCGCUCCUAUCGUUAUGAUGAAUCCCCAACCACCACCACCUUCACCACCCCCUCCCCAAAUCGUGUAUGUCGACCCCCCCGCACCCCCUCCACAACAAAGAGAAAUCGUCUAUGUAGAUCAUCCCCAGCCUCCGCCGGAGCCGCAGCUGGUGUACGUAGACCAGGAGCGACCUAGAUUACGGCGGAUCCAGGUGGAACCUGAGCCUGCUCGGAUGGUCGAAACUGUCCAGAUGCCCGAAAAUAUCUACGCACGUAGCCUUCGUCAAUCUGCAUUCAGAACGUAUGAGGAACCCGCUAGGGCCAGGAUCAUUGAAAUUGAUCAAAGCCCAACGGUACAGCGCCGUACACUAGUGAGGGAAGAUGACUAUGGUUACGGCUCAGCUCGUGCACGCCGUUCCCAGCGUGCAACUGUUGUUCGCGAUACCGAUUUUCGGCAAUCCCACCGAGCGACUGUGAAGGAGAAAGACGAGGGCGAAUAUGGGGGUGGUGAGGGCUUCGUGUACCGAGGUAUUGGGCGGAGUACAAGGCGCGUGGGCGAACCAGAAACAGAUGACUACUACUUUAAUUAAAGCACUAGCUACAGCGAGGAUUACCUGCAUGUUUACGUCACUCCGAAAUGCAAAGGUAUCACUUGAGGAAACCCCUAGCGGUGCAAACUGGUACUAAAUUGUAAUACAAGUAAUCCAGUCUACGUCAUAUAGGGUAAACGGAGUGUCAGACAAUAGACCAGACUGGGAGUGAUGUAAAAUAUUAUUGAGGGUAAUAUUUGAGCCUGUUACUAAGGCUCACGAAUAAUGGGAUUUACUGAGACCUGAUUUAAACAUUCUUAUUAAAAGACUUCCGGUAUGUGUUUGGUAUUAGCAAGGACGAAGGUAAAACAGAAGGGCUCGCAUCCUUGAUAAGAAAAGAUAAUAUGCACAAUGUCAGGGUUAUAGCUUCAGUUUAUGCCUACGAUGUCAUUAACGACACUCGACCAAGUUGUCCCUAGGGGUGCCAUGUUUUACAUAUCUUAUGCUAAAAUUUGAAGCAUCAGUCGGGUAAAAUGCACACUGUCAUAUUUGCACAUCUUAUGUGUGUCGUAGAAACUAGCUUUCGUAAUUGCACCGAAUCAGUGUUUCGAGCAUGCUCAUUCGUAUCUCACAUGCUGCUAUCCACAUUCCAUUUAAUGUGUUUAGAUACAGGAACUACUAUAUGUUAUGAUAACAAUGUUGUGAAGCACCAGAGGGCGUGGUUGACAAAACGUUCAUUAGUUUUUUCCCUGUAAUGCAUUGCAGUCCUCUUCAUACAUUUGCACACUUCACGGGCUAUUUCAAGACCUUUUAAUAAGUACAUUCACUACAUUAUAUUUAAUUUUGAAUCUCAGUAUAAUGAUUUUUUUUAUCAAAAUUCAUCAGUUCGUCAGUACUAUGAUGAUUUUUACCAAAAUAUAACGUCGAAUAUUUUUUUUCGGAAAUAUUUUAGUCAGGUGUAACGCGUAUAUCUAAUGUGUAUUUUUAGUUUUCCGCCAUUUCCUGUCCUCAAAUAAUCUGACUUGACCAGUACACAUUGUUUUGGUGCGAGAUCAUUUGCAAAUAAUAUUUGACAUAUUCAUACAUUUUCUGAAAGGAAACACACUUUUUGUUGUGUUACAUUCCACACAUGUCUCGCGAUGUACUUGCUGUUACCUCGAGAUCAAAUGGUAUAGUCCGUCGGUCGUUUACAGAUGUGAAUGGAAUGAGCGGGAGGGGAGAUGCUGAUGUUGUACCCGAUUUCUGAUCUUCAAUCGUUUUAGCCUUGUGUAAUCCACUGCCUCAAAUUAUUAACAUAACGUCGUCCAAUAUUUCUGUUUUUGAAUGAUUUCUUUCAAAAAUUUCUUUAAAAGAUAUUUUUUAACAUGAAUUUAUUUUAAGGCUAAUUUUCUUUAAUCAUUAAGGAGAUGAUCCGAAAUGUCUCUUUCUAUUUUCUUUUAAAUAUUUAGUAUUUUAUAUUGACUGCCGCAAUAUCUAUUAUGUUUUUGUCGAGACUUUCGCCUCAACUUAGGUGUAGUAACAUGUUUUCAUUAUCCAUUUUAUAGAAAUCAUUUUCGUGUCAACGAUAUUAAUGAAAUGUAUUCCGAAUUAUUCCAGUGCUAAAUAAAUCAGCUGACUUUUUGUGAUGACAGCCAACUCUUCGUGGAGAAUAUUUAACUCACCUACUACUCAAUUCCUUUCGAAUUCUCUAUGGAAUAUAAAGGAAAUGCAAUAGUGACGCCUUAAGGAAAGCUAGAACUACAGGCAAUACUUAAAUAUCGUCAUUAUGUUUCUACAUUACCGUGGUUUCGUUGACCUUUGACCUUCACAGGCGGGCCCUCAUAUAGUCUAACUGUAAAUCAA